CUCUUGCUGAUCUUCUAUGCCAUCUGCCUUGGUUUAUUCAUCAUUUCUACAUUUGCAAACCGUUAUCUCUUGUAAGUUGACACUAUAUGCGCCACCUGGACUGCAAUCAUGAUUUUUGUAGUCUGCAUUGCACUGUCUGUCAAGGCCGACGCUGGACAACAUAGUGCCGCCUAUGCAUUGAACCGUUAUGACAAAGUUUCUCUGGAUGGGAUGGUUUCACCUUUUCAUCAGGCUGUUGCCAUCCACUUAUAAGAACGCACCAACCCAGCAAUCAAAGUACCGCAAGCCAUUAGUUUGUGUGUACUGAUCAGACUCUUUGGACUGUUUUUUUAUUCUCUCCAUAUGCUUUACUCUCCUUCCACUUGUAGGCAUUAUCAACGCUCCCGCAGGCCUUUUUCUUCCGUAUAUAUUUCAAAAGGUAAUGGGAAGCCCCGGUGGUGGCCUAGGACUCACCUUUCUUGUCCUGGUCAUUGCCCUCUUCUGUUCAAUCAGUACCACUGUUGUGGCGUCUCAAGCCACCUGGGCAUUUGCACGGGAUAAUGCCAUCCUGUUUGCCAGUCUCUGGUCUCGCAUGGACAAGCGCCUCAGUGUGCCAGUCUGGUCCCUAGUCCUCUUAACCAUUGUCUAGAUGCUUCUCAGUCUUAUCAAUCUAGGAAGCCGCAGUGCUUUCACAGUUUUUGUCUCCCUGAUUAUAUCCUUGGCCGUCACCUGCGUGAUGC